GAAGACGUUAGAAAUGUUUCGAAGCAUUACAUUAACCAAUCAGAAUAAAGAAAUUUUUGCUCUUUUUGUCCUGAUUAGUCAAUCAAAUGCUUCGAAGCAUUUCUAGCAUUUUUCCGACCGCAGCCUAUAUUUACGUUUCUGAUUUGACCCUAAAUACGUGACACGUUUUCCGAACGUUAGCGGCAUGUCGAAGAUAAUAGAGUCAUUGAAGAGAUUGAAUGUCGAGAAUAGCAUAGACUCAAUCGAACAAAACAAUGAGAAGAUUGGUAAGAAGAGCGAGCUGACGUUAUUAAUGGAAGAGACAGUGUCACACGAUCGAAACUACAUUCUCUCCGUUUGUGGAACUCAAAGUGAACCAGAAUUUAGAAUCGGAGCAGCAUUAUCAGAUCAUUCAUGUGUAAUAUAUUCUGUUGGUGAGUCAUUAAAUCGAGUGAUUACGCUAGAACACAAUCAAGCGCCUAUUGUGGGAGUUAAAUUCAGUCAUACUUCCAGAAAUAUAUUAUAUACUGCUACUAACGAUGGACAAAUCACAGCUUGUGAUUUGCGUGCUAAGGGAAAGGUCGUGGCAGAAUUUAAAGAUAGCACAGAGAAUGGCAAAACAAAACCUUUGGCCAGCUUUGAUAUUAACUGUGAUGAUAGACUCAUAGCUGGUGGAACAGAACACACAGGUGGAGAUGCAUUUAUUUUGUUUUGGGAUGUGAGAUAUAAUGGUUCUAAAAUGGAAAAUAAAAACAAUCUCCUUGGUGGAUAUUGGGAAUCUCAUAUGGAUGAUGUCACUUGUCUAAGUUUUCAUUCUGUAAAGCAGAAUGUCUUGGCAUCUGGUAGUACAGAUGGUCUAAUGAAUAUAUUUGAUCUCACGCAGCCUUCUGAGGAUUUGGCCUUAACAUGCUCAUUGAACACUGAAUCAUCAGUGGAUAGGCUAGGUUGGUUAACUGAUGAUUCUCUGUGGUGUACAACACAUACACAUACAUUACAAUUAUGGGAUUGUGAAGGUGCCAGUGCAUAUGCAACAUUUAUGCGAAAUCAGUUGGUUGUAUCACAGAAUGAUGAUCCUGAUAGUUGCUAUUUAGUGAGAUUCCAUGCUACAAAUGCAUUCGGACAACCAUUUCUGCUAGCAGGUUCUAGUACAGCUAAAGGGGAGAAUCUAAGAUGCUUGAACAUCAUGAAGAAUCGUCUGGAAACAUGUCACGAGAUGAUAGGAAAUAAGCAAAUAGUACGGGAUAGUUGGAUACAUGAAAAAAGUAAUUGUUUGGUGACAGUUGGCGAGGGAAGUAUUAUCAAUAUAUGGCAGCAAGCGGAAGCGACGCAACAAAAUUCCUUCUGCAAGAUGUUGACUAAAAUUAGCAAUGGAAAAGCUCGCGAUCGACAUCACAGAACUAAACCCUAUUAAACAUACAAACGAUAAAAAGGUAAAGAUUGUUAUAUACGAAAAUUUUGUAAGAAAUAAAUGUACAAUAAAACUAACAAAGCACGCCGAUCGAAGAGUCAUAUAAUUAUACUAUAUAUAUUUAUAUUUUCCUCACAUUCUUCUUUAUUACAAUAACAGUAGUAUGUACAUUUAUAAUAAAUAGGUAUAUUAUUUGUUUAUGCGAUUAAUUAUUCAACGGCGAAUCACACUUAUAUACUGAUUAAAAAAUGCAGUCACGGGUACCGUGUAAAUGCAAAGGAAUGUAAAUCACGUAUAACCGCGAAUAUGUGGAAUUAAUUAGA